AUUGCCAUAUUGUGAAUCCCAUUGUCAUGGCGGUGGCAACCACUUGUAAACAAACGGGUACGAUCAUUGUCGGAAAGGGGGUGCAAAGAUGUCCAUUGUCCUGUGUAUCUCUGUGCAAGGGUCUUGUACUGCAAGACAGGUUCGAAAGCGUAUACAUGGAUCCGCCUCGGAGGUGUACUGCUUGCAGGAGUAAAUUAUCAUCGGCUUGACGUCGUUGUGGAGAGCUCAGGUUUAUUUGCAGCAGGGGGGUUAUUGUGGAAAUACGAUUGGCUGGAAGGGGUUAGCAAAAUUACCUGAGCGGAUGUUGCCGAGGUUGUCGGGAUGGACGGGGGGUCUAGACCGGAUCAAAUCAUUUGGGGUGCAAUGUCCUAGAAAGGCAACUCAUACGUACAUGCGGGGCGCGGGCUGGGUCAUUUUUAAUUCAAUAUUCUGUGGUUUUCUCCCGUCUCCCUCUCCCUUCCCCAUACCACCGCAUCCACGACGAUCCGCUAUCGAGCUUGCCAUCCGACACGACGUUUAGCACCCUUUCACGUCGUUCCGAACACCUAUCGCAUUGAUCUCGCGCGUUGUGCACUGUCGCUUGGCCGCCUCGUGCAGCUCACCUUGCUGAUCUUGGAACCCAGCGAAGCACUCGUGGAUGUACAAUCAGCAGCCAUGAGUAGUACUAGUGUUUCGUCUCUUUCCUCCCUUUCUGGUCUGCCGACCCUUGCAGAGUCCUCGCGAGGAAGCUUCAGCCGGUCCGAAAGGAGCAGAGGUUCGUUCGCUCACACGACUGGCAAGAGCGGAGGCAGGGCCCGCAAUAAUAAUUGCAAUGAGCUUCGAGAGGAAAGAAUCCGCACCCCCGUUCCUCGUAGACCGAGCAAUGGUCACGCCGGCAGCAGCAGUCACGUCUUGAAUAACUCUGGUACCGGCAACGCAGCUAGCAUUAGUCGUAAUAGUUAUUCCCCUCGCUCCAAUCUCCGAGGUUAUUCGAUACAGCGCCCGGCCUCCUCAGCUUCAUCAUCCUGCUGCAACGAGGCGCUCCCGGGCUCUCCACUAAGGCAGCAGACCACCACGUUCCAGGCCCUUCGUAAACAGCAGACUCAAGUACAGUCUGCUUUACGUCCUUCAUCCUCUUCCUCGUCUCCCACUGCCUCUCUUCCUUCUACCCCGCAGCGUUCCCGUCCCAACAAGUCUGUAGGUCACGACUACGCAUUCUUGAAACCGUCUACGUCCGUAGCUUCGUCCUAUACUUCUACCGACCAUCUCUCUUCGCGCUUGGACUCGCCGUACACCGGGUCUGCAACACCCUCUCCAUCCCCGCGUUUGUACAAAACGCUUCCACAUCGCAGAACCCCCUCAGGUACACCUCCACCCGCCUUUCUUAUCAGACGCGGUCUACAACGCGCCCCACCAACGUUGGCCAUGUCGAUCCAGAUCCACUCGCCCUCCCCUAUAAUGCCCUCUUCUCGCCCCAUGUCCCCUCCCUCCUCCCGCCAGCAUCGUAACUCGAGGGCGCGUUCGCCAUCGCGGUCAAGGUCAAGACCCACCUCGCCACUUCAGCCUUCUGCUCAGUUACCUUCAAUACCGAAUAGACCACCUAUGGCGCGACCGUCUUCGCGGUCAGAACGUAUGUUGAGGGAUACCCUCAGGCGAGCGGAAGAACAUGACCGAUUGCAAAGUCUCGCCGCGUUACCCAGUCCUUCUCUCCUGGGAGCAUCGCAACCCGCCCACGGUUUCGCCUCAUCGUCGAACGCUAAGCCUAGGCGCCACGUGCGUCGAAACACCAGCUCGUCCACGGGUACGGAUGCGUCGUUAGAGGGGAGUGACUACUUCAAGCCUGAACUAUUCCAAUAUACAAAUGAGGAAGCACAAGAUGCGGACGAGGGCGGUUGGUUGUGGCGUACAAGGAGCGCCACAUCAGCUUCGUCGUCAUCGAGCGGGAACCACCCUCAUCGAACACUUCCACCUUCAAAGCACCACCAUAAACACCCCACCUCGAGUCCCUCGUCAGUCAAUGUACGUAAUAGGUCGCAUACAGAUCCAACGGGUGAUCGUAUUCUAGACCAAUUCCCAUAUGGCACUCCGACUUCCCCACCUCCCUCUCGCUCUCACCUUCAGCGCUCACCCAAGUCAGUUACAAACGUAUCACGCUCAAGCCAUACAAGUUUGGAAUACAUGCAGCAGGAGUUGGCUGCGUGUGGGUGUGGCCCGAAUGCGAGUUUGACUCCCCAUGAGGCUGUGUUGAGAAGUCGACUUGAAGGUGUGUUGAAGGGGGCGCAACAGCACCAACGGAGAGCUAAGAGUAGGGAUAUAGAACGUGGAAGUGGAAAUGCGAGUGGAAUUGGGAGUGGUUCGGGGAGCGGUGCCAGUAAUUCGAUGGCAAGUAGUAGAAAUAUGAGUGGGGAGGGCGAGUGGUUCUUCGGUUCGAGUGCAGAUUCAUACACGACAUCUCUACCCGAAGCCAAUGCUGACACCCACCGACACUCUCACCGCCCAUCAUUCAACCUCUCCCCUGUCCCACGUACUCCGUCUUCGAAACACAGGCACCACUCGCACGGAAUUCCUUCGUCCCCAUCAUCACCCUCAAAGAACGCACUGUCCAGUCCCCACCUCCACGUUCCUCUCACCCCUCCACCCACUCCACCUUUCAACGCUCGUACAGCCGCAGAACAAUGUAAGCACAUGGACGGCUACGUGUCGUUUGCUAAUAUCGAGGGCUUAGGCUUCCCUGAAGAUCUUGAUGAGGGCGAUGGUGAAGAAGAGGAUAGCAAGAACCAUGGACGGUGGUUGAAGUGGUUGAGCCUUGGUGGUAGGGCGAGAAAUGCGAGUGGUGCCGAGGCUGCGCCGAGAUGAACUUUCCUCUGCGGCUGUUGCUCUCGCUUGCAUCAUUGCUUUCCACCUCUCUGUCUUCCUUUCCUCAAGUCUUUCUAUCGUCUCAUGCUCGCAUGCAUUUCAUCAUCAAGAAGUCUCAUCAACCGUAUCGUCUGUUCUAUUCGGAUAUUCACUUAUCGUCAUUCCCGUCGACCAACGUCAAUAAUUCAAAGAAGUCUCAAGAAGGGUUUCAUUCAACUCGUUGCUUGCGUUUCUCUUUCAUCACCCUUUCCCAACCCCGCCUGGUUCUGCCUCUUUCAAAGUUGUAGCAGAGGAACGAAAGAAUCUCCUUUUCCAGAUAUCCAGCACACCCACGCCCACCGGCCGACUUUCUAUACUAAUACGACUUCACGACCGAAAAGCGACCCUGGGGUCGCCAUUGCUAUGACUCAUCGAAUUCACGUUUGACGACUACCCCCAUCUCUCUCAUGCAUGCUUUAUAAUACUUCAAUGCUUUACGAUUCGAACGUCUCUCAUUACGCAUCUCAUCUUGUUUAUGACUUAUUCAUGCAUUGGCUUUCAUGGCCUUCAUUCUGACGACACGGACUCUGCUAUACAUAAUACAUACAAACACACAUCACUAUCCCCUUUUUAUUUACUAAUGACUUUCACUUCUCGCGACUUGGUUGUCGGUUUCGAAUCCGUGCUGGGUUCUGUUUGAAGUACUCGUUCUUCAUUUCUGUUGCUACUCUCUAUUUGCUGCGUAGGAUCGACGGCGUUGGUUCGGCUUGCAAUGAAGUUGAAUGUAUGGUAUGUUUUUGUACAUUAGAUAGUUCUGCAAUACACUUUACACUGGUAU